GCCAAUAUUGGCAAUUUUCAAAGAACUCGGCAACAAAUAUUCUAAUUUGAUCUUUCAUUUUAGGCAAUAUUUUCUCAAUUUUUAAUAAUAUUGUCUUAUUUAAUUCUAGCAUUUUGUCCAUAAGAACGCUACAACAAUCUAUACUUUAUAUGGAAAGUUAAAUGCCUAAUUUGCCUUAGUUAGCAAAAACAUAGUUCUCACAGGCGACAACUGAGAAGUUCUUUGUCACGCCACCUUUUAAUCCGUAUUACUUUAAGCCGGACAAAGUUUCUCGCAAUAACGAAGCUCUCAAAAUCUGUAUAGAAGUCGGGAUAUUUUCAAAACUUUUCUCCGAAAAACGAAGGAAAAUAUUUUUUUUUUUUUUUUUAAAUUGUAAAUAUAUUUUAUUUAAAUUUCAAAGCUGACUAAAAAUAUUUUUUAAGCUUAAACUUUUUUAUAAAAUACAUAUAAGGCAAGUACAUUUUAAAAGUUGUAUUCAAAAAUAUGACAUUUGGAUAUUAGAAAACUAUUAUAAAGGUAUACUACUGUAAAGGCAUGAAUAUUUUGGAACUCUUUCAAUGAUGAACAAAUCUGGUAUUGCCUUUUCUAUUCUGACUUCAAAAAUAGCUGAAGGUGAUGUAGCUACUUUGCGAAAUUGUUUGUUAAACAAGCACUGUACUGCAAAUGAAUCUGAUGAAAAUGGACAGACACUUUUAAUGAUAGCUGCUCAACAAGGGCAGGUAGCUGUUGUAAAUGAACUGUUAGCUCAUGGAGCUGAUGUAAAUGCAGAAGAUGUGGAUAAUUGGUCUGCUUUGACAAAUGCUGCCAAAUCUGGCUUUAAAGAGGUGGUAAUAAAAUUGUUGGAUCAUGGAGCUGACAUCGAGCAUAGAGAUAUGGGUCAGUGGACACCUUUGAUGUGGGCUAGUUAUAAAGGUCACUAUUAUGUUGUUAAAAUUCUGUUAGAGCAUAGUGCAAUGGUGAAUGUGGUGGAUAAGAAUCAAUGCACUCCACUUAUCUGGGCGUCAGGAAGGGGAUUUUUGGAAAUUGUUGAAGCUUUAUUGGAAAGAGGAGCUAAGGUUUAUUCAGGUGACAAAUAUGGAACUACACCUCUUGUCUGGGCUUGUCGUAAAGGCUAUACUGAAAUUGUUCAUUUGCUUUUGGAAGCUGGAGCCAAUGUUGAUACAGCAGGAAUGUUUUCGUGGACUCCACUUCUUGUUGCAACAAAAGGCAACUAUCCCAGCAUUGUGAAUAUGCUUUUGGAACAUAAACCAAAUGUCAAUGCUGUUGAUAUGGAUGGUUGUACUGCCUUAUCCAUUGCAUGCAAAGAAGGGUAUACAGAGAUUGCAAAAGCUCUGAUGAAUACUGGUGCAUACAUAAAUUUACAAGACAGAAAUGGCGAUACUAAUUUAAUUCACGCUUCUAAAUCUGGGCACUUUUCAAUUGUGGAUGCAUUAAUUCGAAAAUAUGCUGAUAUAGACUUAGCUGGAGGAGAUGGGAAGACAGCACUAUAUUGGGCAAUUGAGAAAGGAUAUGUUGAUAUUGUGCGCUUACUACUAAGUGCAAAUGCAAAUACUGAAAUAGCUACUAAAGAUGGUGAUACAGCUUUAUUAAAGGCUACACGAAACAGAAAUGCAGAGAUUGUACAGAUGCUUGUAGAGAAGAAAUGCAAGGUGUCCGCUGCUGACAAAAAAGGUGACACGGCAUUACAUAUUGCUAUGAGAGCUAGAAGUAAAGCUAUAGUGGAAAUUUUACUUCGUAAUCCUAAAAAUAGUCAGCUUCUUUAUCGACCAAAUCGUGCAGGAGAAACUCCAUACAACAUUGAUUCUAAUCAUCAAAAGAGUAUAUUAGCGCAAAUAUUUGGAGCCAGACGGCUUAAUACCAAUGAAGACAGUGAAAAUCGCUUGGGUUAUGAUCUUUAUAGUAGUGCCCUUGCUGACAUACUGAGUGAACCUAGUUUAAACAUGCCUAUAUCAGUUGGUCUUUAUGCUAAAUGGGGAAGUGGAAAGUCAUUUUUACUUAAGAAAUUGGAAAAUGAAAUGAGAAGUUUUGCUAUUCAAUGGAUAGAACCAAUGUUUGAAUUUACUAAAUUGGUAUAUUUAAUAAUAUUGUUGUUGUCUCUUAUGGUUGGCUUCAUACUUGUAUUGAGUACCAAAAACUGGCUUUCUGGAGCUUAUCUGAGUGUUGGCACAUUCCUUUCUGUGAUAAUUUUUCUUGGUGGCGUUAUUUAUUUCAAUAAACAUUAUGAUCUUUCCUGGGUUUAUAAGCUGAGCUUGUACCUGGCAAAUCAACUUAAUUCUUUGAGAACUCUUUUAUUUGUUAUAUUUUGUAAUCCCCCAGCCAAUAAAUCAGAAAGUGAUGCUGAUCCAGUAAGAUUUAUUUUUACAGAAAAAACCAAAGUAACGAGUUCUGGUACUCAGACAUCCGUUUUGCAUAUUAUUACAUCACUGAAUAUUGCUAUUGAAAAAGAAUUUGGUCUUUUUACUUGUCGUUUAUACAGGGUAUUAAAACCAAAACUUGUGGCUUCUCAGUGGUGGAAAUUCAGAACUAUAUGCUGUAUUCCUAAUUUCCUCAUUGCAAUUUUUUUACUUCUUUGCCUUGGAGGUAUGAUAAUUUUGUUUUUAGAAACGGAUGCCACCAACUUCUAUUCUGAACCAAAUGAAUAUACGACAGUUUUUCGAUCACUUUUCAUUGGAAUGUUAUGCAUUUGCGGUCUUGUCAUUUCAUUGAAUCUUUACACUUUCUUGCGUAUCAUAAAAACAUUGGUCUUCUCACACCAAAGAAGAAUUGCUGGAUCCUUUCUACGAAUAGCUUCACCAAAGAAUGAAAAUUGCAUUAGUUCUCUGAAGAAGGAAGUUGACACCAUAGUACAAAUGGUUCAGUGUUUGGAUGCAUUCAUCGGUCAGCAGACACGGAUGAUAGUCAUUGUUGAUGGGCUUGAUAGUUGUGAGCAAGAUAAAGUUCUUUAUUUGUUAGAUGCUGUUCAUACUCUUUUUUCAGAUUCCAGUGCACCAUUUGUUACUGUAUUGGCUAUUGAUCCGCACUUUGUUAUUAAAGCUAUUGAAUCUAAUAUGCAUAAAACUUUACAAAAAUCUAAUAUUAGUGGUUAUGAAUAUUUACGGAAUGUGGUCCAUCUGCCAUUUUAUCUACAAAGUAGUGGUUUACGACGAGUGAAAGCUGCACAACAAGCAGCUUUGCUGUGGAAUAAAAAAUCAGGAAGUUAUUGGAAUGAAGACAGGGAAUGUGAUCGUUCUGGUGCUGUUUCCUCAAAUCGUAAAGCAUCAAAUUCAAGUGUUUCCAUUCCCGAUGCUUUUCGUAAAAGAGGGAAAAGCAACCAAAAAUUAAAAGCUAGUGAGAGCUUAGCAAGUAGCAUCAGCAACCUGAACAGAGUAGUGACAGGCGCUCAUGAUUUGAACAAAGUUUUGCUUACUGAUGAUUAUUUCAGUGAUAUCAAUCCUAGAUCCAUGAGAAGAUUGAUGAACAUUUUAUAUAUAACUGGUCGACUGCUGAAAGCAUUUAACAUUGACUUCAAUUGGUAUCACUUAGCUUCAUGGGUGAACAUUACAGAACAAUGGCCUUACCGUACAUCAUGGAUAAUUAUGUAUUAUGAAAUGCAUGAAAAAGAAUUUGAUGAAAUGUUGCCUUUGAAAACUGUCUUUGAAAAAAUUAAAUCCUAUAUGCCAUCAUCGAGGGAGCAAGAACCAACUCUUGAUCUAGACCAUGAUGAAAGAAAAUUCGAAGUCUUCUUAUCUAUGCAUUCAAGCUCUUUAACAAUUAAUGAUUUAAAGGUAUUCUUGCCCUUCACAAUUAACUUGGACCCUUACAUAAGAAAAGUUAUACAAGAAGCAAAUCAGCAAGUUUCUGAAUUUUUGAAGAGUGACUUAAAGCCUUCCAGCCCGCCAUCUAAAUUUGAAGGUCUGAGUAUGAAAAUGCCUGUUGCAGUACCAAAUCCAGAACAGACCGUUCCCCUGACUUAUUAUCCUCAGAUAACUGGAAAAGAUAUUUUUCAUCAUAAUCAGAUGUCUCCUGCAAAUAAUUUUGCCACUGCUGCUCCCAUUUGGUGGAACUUUCCUUCUGGACAGAUGACUCCCCAUAAUACUUACUAUCCAUCAUCACAAUCAUCAUCUAUGACAGUGUUGCCAGACCAAGAAAAGCUCAGUUCAUUAUCAGUUAGUGGUAUAGCAGACCUUCUAAGAUCCCAAGAGAAAUUGAAUAAAAAGAAGCUUGAUGGUUAUAUUACUGCUAUUGAAGAAAAUAAUAUAAAUGGUCAAGUUUUAUUGACUUGCGAUUUAAAAGAACUAAAAGAAACAUUAAAUAUGUCUUUUGGAGAUUGGGAACUUUUUCGAAUAUUGAUUUUGACUCUUCGAGAACAUGAAUUGGAAAAUGUGAAUUCAAAUGUUAAUUUUAUUUCCGAGGAUAAAUCUCUUUCAAGAAAUGCUUCCUUCAAAAUGAAGCAAGCAGGGGCUCUUAAAAUUCCAUUAAAUAAAUCUCCAGAAAAAAAAUCAACAGAAUCUUUAGCAAAAUCUGCAAGAGUGAGCUCAGAUAAUUCUGAUGGUACUGUCACAAAACCACGAAGCAGCAUAUUGGAGAAACAGCCUGUUUGUCCAUAUUGGCAACUUGUUUUAAAUGAGGUAACUAUGGAAGAAUCAAUGAUUGUUGGGGCUUUAGAAACGCUCAAUGAAGAAGCUUUAGAGGACACAAUGGAGGAAAAAAGUCAUAUCAAUAGAAAGCCUUCCAAUCCUCCUAUUGCGAAUCCUUUGAGUCCAAUUUUGUCUGACACAGAGGAUGCUGCAUCAGAAAAACUUGAGGCUGAACAGAUGCCUGUCCUUGCUAAUACUCCAUCAGAUGUUGAUGUUUUGUAUAUGAGAAGCCUGCAAGGUUCACCAAUGUUGCGAAUUAGUGCUAUAUCUCUGAGUGAUUCCAUGACAGAUGUAGAAACUGCCUCUCUGGGAAGAUUGCAGAACUUUUCAGCCAACGUGGAAACACUGCCUACUAUCUCCAGAACCAAAAGCGAAGAAUAUGAUUCAGCAGUGGUGUCUUCAAGUCCUCGACGAAAGCGGGAAUCUAAUCGAGCAAAAUCAAACUAUACAGCACAGCGCCCAUCCUCUUUGAUUUAUGAUUCUAAUUAUGUGUCUACAGCUCUUAAUCUUAAAUGUGAAACUUCAAAUAAAUCAAAAAAUAACCCCAACCCUGACAAACUAAGCCGUAAGAACCAAGAGAAAAAUAAUGCUUUGAAUCAUGUCACCAAUAAGUUGAAACACAUCAGGAAAAAAUCGACAUCGAAAUCCGAAUCCUCUGAUAGUUCAACAGAAACAGAAGAAAAGGUGAAACCAAAACUUUCAUCACAAAAAACGAUACCAACACCAAGUUCAGAUGCAGAUGGCUUUUAUUCUGACGAUGAACACACGCCACUCGUUUCUCCUUUCCACUUGACUCGGUCCAGCCAUUACAAUUUGCAGUCAUCUAAGUCAGAGAAAGAGAGUACUCCCGAGAAAUCGAUUCCUAAGCAAGGGAAAUCUGAGGCUGGCUCCCAUCGCAAAAUGAAGAAGUCUCUGGAAAGGCAGUACUCGAUUGAUAGUAACCUCUGCGAUCAUUCGAGGCCUCCGCCAUCCUCAUCAUCCAUGGUGGAAAUAGCUACUCCUAGCAGCAUGAAUCAGUAUGUGCCGGUUUUGCCUGCUUAUGGUCAAGAUGUUUCUGAUUCGUCAUCUCCAGAAUUAGCACUUGAAAGUCAAGUCCAUAAUGAAACAGUUUUGUAAAAAGUCGAAACAGAAAUUUUGCAUUUGUCUGCAUUUUUUUUUUUUUUUUUUUUUUUUGAAAGAUUGUAUUUUACUUAUGUCUAAACUCAGAAUUUAUUUUGCAAUUGAAUCCAUAAGAAUGAUUUGAUAGUACCUUUUAUAUUUGUAAUAAAAAUAUCAGUUCCUUUGAUUACAAUCUGGUAGGUAAUAUUUUUUGUUUAGUUCAAUCUUUUGUAUUAAUUUUCCCCCAAAAAUAUAUAUAUUUUUAUGACCUCAGGACAAUGAAGGUAGCGAUUUAAUUGCAACAUUGAGCGAUGUAAUAUUUGAUAAAAUAUUGUCUUUAUGCUACAUAUUGAAAUGGAAUAAGACAAGCAUGAUUCAUUUUAAGCAGAAAUAAACAAAGUAACUGAAAUGGCGAGAUAUUUUCGUAGAGGAAGAAUGUCAUUUCGUAUAUCAAUUAUGUACUUAUUUAACUUAUAUUUAAUUUCCAGCAUUCUUAUACAGCUGAUUUUUUUUUUUUUUAUUAAGAAUAUAUGUUUCAGGCUUUAGAAGGUUUUUCUUAAAUGCAUUUAUAGGAUUGGAGAACAAUUUUAUAUUCUAGUAAUAUAUUAUUUUAUAGCUUUUAUUUUUCAGUUGUUAGUUGUUGUUUUUUUUAAAUAUUUUUUUUUAGAUAUGUAUAGGUGGACUUCACUCAGGUAUAUUUUGACUUAUGUAUAAAAAUUGUAGCAUUAAAUAUUUAU